AUGGAACCACAUAUUGAACCGCAUGCAACGAUUAAUAACUAUGUGGAUGUUUAUUAUGAGGAGGAGGAAGAUGAUGGAGGUGAUGAAACACAGGUUUUAAUAGAGGGUGGAGAGUUGCUGAUUCCCAAGGAUAUAUCGAUACGAUCGGAGCGUGGACAUAGUUUAGGUCAAAAGUCAAUCUCUACUAUUGGAUCAUUCAUAUUCAUUGUCAAUCAGAUCUAUGGACCUGGUGUACUUUCAAUUCCAGUGUCAAUAGAUCAAUUCUUUCUAUUAAUAUUUAAAAAGACAUUUGCUUUGAAUAUUUAUCCUCAUUUCGAAUUCCUGUCUACCGAUGACAUAACAUCACUCUAUACAUCUGGAUCCAUCAACAUUACCAUUGGAUAUCUUUUAAUAUGCUUAAUAUCAAUACCGACUUCCUUUAUGAAUCUAGAUGACAAUGUUAAAAUUGUACAAACAUUAUCUUUUAUAUUCUUAUUUUUAUUACUUGCAGAGUUUAUUAUACAAUUUAUAUUGAAUGGUCUGGAAUUGGAUAGAGUUCCUGUGGUUGGUGAUAAUUUCGGUCAGUUGGUCAGUGUUUUUAUCUUUUCUUGGGCGUAUCCUAUGUUCAUACCGUCUUGGGUAAACGAAAAGAAAGACAGUGUCAGUGUUAACAAAGUAGUUUGGGCAAGUGGUGUAUUUUCAUGGUUUGGCUACCUCUUCAUUGGAUUGCUAUGUGCUCUCUCCUACCAUGCAGUAAACUUUAUUAUCCCCUUCAUUGUCUAUCUAAAAGCUACUUCUUCCUCCUCUAAACUACGAAAUAACGACCACGAUAAUAACAACAACAACAUAGUUAAUGAAUAUGACAGAUACGAUGAACAAAAGAUAGAUAAUACCAUCUCACCUGUACAGCCUUAUCCAAAACGAUUCGAAAAGUACAAUCGACACAUUACAAAAGCGAUACUUUUGAUAACAGUUACCGUUUGUCUAUCUCAGAUUGUCUAUGAUAUUGUAUUGUCUGUACAAGGACAUGAUAUAUUAGAUCAUUGA